AUGAAUUUAAUCGAUUAAAUAUUUACGAUAGGAAAUGAUCUUUCAGGGAGUUAAAUAUAUGCUAUAUGUAGGAAAUGGUAUUAAGAAUAUUUAUAGUUUAGGUAUGAAUAAUUUAAUGAGGAUAUUAGUAAUUCUAAUCCUAACUUCUGUAAAAUUGAUAACUAUUCUCUUUGGUAUAAUUUAAUAGUAUUAAAUAUAGUAUUUGUUAAGAGGAACAAGUGUAAUUAAAUAACAUAAUGAACAAUUUUAAAAGGGAGUUUGGUAUACAGGCAUAAAUUAUACAAUAAAACUCAUUAGAGUAAAUUCUAAAAGUUGAUAAGUGUAAUUAAGCUCAAUACGUAAGUAAAGCUCUUUGGGAUAUCUUAAUAGAGUAAGCAAAAGGAGGUAUAUAAUUAGAAUAUGGUGAAAUAUAGGUCCUUGCAUUCCAUUAUACACUAUGAGUAGAUAGGAAUCAAAUGUAGUACGGACAAUGUUUAGAAACCUUAGAUUUAUGACGAAUUAAGAUAUUGAAGAUUUAUCACCUAAUUUAGAAGUUCCAUUAGAUAUGAUAUAAAUGGAGUUUCUUAUUUAAACAGAAGAUGAAUCAUUCAUUUAUAUUACGAAAGUUGUCCCUUUAGCAUUUACAAUAGAAUAAUUAAUAACUAAAAUACUAACACCUCUUUUCGAUCUUUCGAAUCUUAUGUGCUAUAAUUACUAUUCUAAAUAAUUCUUAAAUAAUAAAAGUUUAACAUUUAUUUAUGAAUUAUAAAUCAAGUAGCUUUGGUUUCUCAAAAAUAAUGUGACCAUUUUAAAUGGAGGAAUUAAAUUCGAUGAAAAUUUGGAUGAAAUUUAAAUGAGGGAAGACUUCUAAAAUCUCAAAACAGGUUCUACUGAAUCUACAACUGAAUCUAGAAUACCAUCCUUACUAGAUAUUUCAUAAUAAUCAUAACCUAAUCCUCUUCUUGAAUUCGAAGAUGAAGGGAAUCAUAGUAAUCUAAGUAAAUUUUAUUUAUAUAUUAUUAUCAGUGCUUAAAGAAUUGUAUGAUUUCAAAAUAGAAAUUAGCACUACACUUAAAAACAAUUAUAACUAACCAUUAAUACUUCUUAAAUAUGAAUAGGCUAUCGAAAAUAUUAAUUAAAUUAUUUAAUAGAUAGAAUAAGAUAAUUGCUUUAAAAAAGAAUAAUAAGAAGAAGGAACUAAUGAUGAACUAAUCGAAUAAGAUAUAUGAUUUCAUUAAACACAC